UUUUUUAAUUUUUACGCAUAAAGUCCUAUGGUCUCUAUGAUUUGUUGAGCUGCUAUGAAAUUCUUCAUUAGAUGAUUAAAGCCUCUUAGCUGAAGGAAGCAAUGUCAAAUAAUGUUUCCCAGACAUGAUUAGUUGGCAGGGUUGUUUUUUUUUUAAAUGCAUGGGGUUUUUAGUAAUUUUUUUCCUACUUUGCUUUUUUUUCCUUUUGCUAAUAAGCAAAGGGACAAAGGUGCUAGAACUUGCUUUGUGAGAAACUUGCUUUGUGACUGAAUUCUUGAUUUCAGACAAAUUAUAGUACUUAGAUUGGUUUUAAAAUGGGUUUAACUUGUGGAAAAUUAUAUUAGGUUUGUUGAUUCCUGUAAAUUUUAAGUUAAGAUGUUCCUUUUUUAAUACUUAGUCUUCAUGGAAAUGUGCAAUGAAAUCCUGAGGAGAUGAUGACAACAGAUUAUGGAAGUAAAAGUGAAGUUGUACUGUAGUUUUUCCAAACAUAGCGUGUAGUUAGCCUUAAAAAUUUCUCGUUUUGUAUGAGAGAGAUAGUAUAUAACGUAUAAACAUGAAGGACUUACAGAGGGAAAUGUUAUGCUUGCCAAGAAUGGGACUUCCACUUAAGCUGUAAGCCUGAAUUUUUGACAUGGAGGAUUUGUUCCUCUUUAGACUUUAUCUCUAUGAAAGUUGAAGGAGACCAAACUGAUGAUAAAGCUUUUGCCCUAGUAAAAUGAAUAAUUGAAUUCAGGGGGGAAAAAAAGAUACUAAUGCAUAAUAUUAAUUAAAAAUAUUAAUUAUACAUUUGGUAUUAAACAAAAUGUUACUUUAUACCUUUGAAAGGCAAUAAUCUUGCGUAGUAAGAAUAUAACUUAAAUAAUGCAGAUGUGAUGCUGCUAUACAAGCAUUGCCUUAACUUUCAGGUAAUACUUGCUUUAAUUGUUGGUAAGGUUUCUUGAAUAGCUGUUGAUACAAUAGCCAUGUUUUCUGAAAUGCAUAUUUUGAUGAGAGAUUUAAUGUUUUUGUUGGUCUCUGAAAGGUUGAUUUAUUUAUCUAACAAGUGAGAGGAAGUUUUCAGUAUGAUUAAAAACAGUGAUUUGUCAUUUUCAGAAAUUGAAGGUGGGGGAAUAAUUUAGAGGAAAGUUGUCUAUAUCAAUAUAAAACUAGUAUUAAUGCUGCAAGUAACUUUCAGAGCUUUUUAGAUACAGAUUUAAGUAGUGAAUUUUUUAAACAUGUGAAGUAUAUAAUGAACAAGGACUAAGUGUUCUUAAACUUAAAAUUUGGCUAUCUUAACUGUUAAAGUGUAUAACUUUUUCUAGAAUAGUGAAUAUGUUUAAGAAUUUUUUUUUUUUAAAAUGGCUACCUGUUGUUGCUAGUAUCAGUUCAAAAAAAGUUUUAACUGUAUGGGUAUAGCAUGCAGUAAUCACUGAAUCCAAACACUGGUACAUUACACAGGACUAAGUUCAGUUUUGAAACACUUAGAAUAACUAGCUUUAAAGCUCAAACUAUUCUGAAAAUAAGGCUGUAUUUAAAUGUGAAUGUCUUAAACGUAUAUGUCUGUUAUGAAAAAUUGCAUGGCUGUUUUUCAUCCAGGAUGUUCAUCUAGGAAAGCUGUUAUUAGUUUUCAUAGUAUGAUGAUCUAGGAAAGCUGAUCGUAGUUCUCACAGUAUGAUGAUAACUUUACUUCUGUGUUUCUGCUGAAGUUGUUUUGCAUGCUCUCCUUUUCUUUCUUGCAACGUUGAAAUAUGGGGGAUUGACUUGAGAGUAUAUGCUUGUGCGUGAGGUUUGGCUCCAUAUCUAUUUCUGUAGCUCAAAAAGAGCAAGGUGAGGCUGCUGUGAGGGCUUGUAAUUGGACUGCUUACUAGUGAACUGGGUCCUUGCAGAUUUAACCCAUUGUGGUGGGUUAGGUUAACUUCAGGCUUACUCUCCUAUUUAGAGAAAUACUUAUAUGAAGUAAAAUGUCAUGUUAAGGAAACACGAGGGACGUGGAGAGAGUACUGCUUACAUCCUUGGUACUUGGGCUAGGCAAAGUCUAGCACAAACCUCAGAUGUUCUUCCUCCACUCCCCUAAGGAGCAAGGCUACAUGUCAUAUUGCCAGGACAGAUUGAGAGGAUGUUGUUCGUCUAACCAUCCUCUCAUGCUAGCUAGAAGACAAGUCAGCUUAAAGCUAAAUGUAUGAUGCUGUUGGGCUCAAAAUAUACUAAAGCCUCCUUACUUGAGCAUGUGAAUCAGCUGAUGUAAAAGAUCAUACCUCAUAGCAACUUGUAACCCUGCAAUCAAUAUUCAGAGUUGGAGAAGGGCAAUUCUACUGUUGUCCUUAAUAACACAGAUUGAUCUGGGAUGUAAAUGCUAACAGUAGGCUUAACUUUUUAUUUCCUUAGUAUGUGUCUCUUGUCUGCUACUCUGAUAAGAAAACGUAAUUAAAUUUUUGUUUUGUUUUGUUUCUGUCAGUAACUUUAUCUAAUUGCCUUUAUUAGUCCCGUUACAACCCAGGGAUCACAAACACAGCAACUACAGAAGCAUUAUGGCAUUACCUCACCUAUCAGUUUAGCUGCCCCCAAGGAGUUUGACUGCAUGCUUACCCAGAAAUUAAUCGAAACCCUAAAACCUUACGGUGUAUUUGAAGAGGAGGAAGAACUGCAACGCAGGAUUCUAAUUUUGGGAAAAUUAAAUAACCUGGUAAAGGAAUGGAUACGGGAAAUCAGUGAAAGCAAGAAUCUUCCACAGUCCGUAAUAGAAAAUGUUGGAGGAAAAAUUUUUACAUUUGGAUCCUAUAGAUUAGGGGUUCAUACAAAAGGUGCUGAUAUUGAUGCCCUGUGUGUUGCACCAAGACAUGUUGAAAGAAGUGAUUUUUUCACAUCGUUUUAUGAAAAACUGAAACAACAAGAAGAAGUAAAAGAUCUGAGGGCUGUUGAAGAAGCUUUUGUCCCAGUUAUUAAACUUUGUUUUGAUGGAAUAGAGAUUGAUAUUUUGUUUGCAAGAUUAGCACUGCAAACUAUUCCUGAGGACUUAGACCUACGAGACGAUAGCCUACUUAAAAAUUUAGACAUUAGAUGCAUACGAAGUCUUAAUGGUUGCCGGGUAACCGAUGAAAUUCUGCAUCUAGUACCAAACAUUGACAACUUCAGGUUAACACUGAGAGCUAUCAAACUGUGGGCAAAACGCCACAACAUCUAUUCCAAUAUACUAGGUUUCCUUGGCGGUGUUUCCUGGGCUAUGCUAGUAGCAAGAACUUGCCAGCUUUAUCCAAAUGCAAUAGCAUCAACUCUUGUACAUAAAUUUUUCUUGGUAUUUUCUAAAUGGGAAUGGCCAAAUCCAGUGCUAUUGAAACAGCCAGAAGAAUGCAAUCUUAAUUUGCCUGUAUGGGACCCAAGGGUAAACCCCAGUGAUAGGUACCAUCUUAUGCCUAUAAUUACACCAGCAUACCCACAGCAGAACUCUACCUACAAUGUGUCCGUUUCCACACGGAUGGUCAUGGUUGAGGAAUUUAAACAAGGUCUUGCUAUCACAGAUGAAAUUUUGCUGAGUAAGGCAGAGUGGUCCAAACUUUUUGAAGCUCCAAACUUCUUUCAAAAGUACAAGCAUUAUAUUGUACUUCUAGCAAGCGCACCGACAGAAAAACAGCGACUAGAAUGGGUGGGCUUGGUGGAAUCAAAAAUCCGUAUUCUAGUUGGAAACCUGGAGAAGAAUGAAUUCAUUACACUGGCUCAUGUGAAUCCACAGUCAUUCCCAGCACCCAAGGAAAAUCCUGACAAGGAAGAAUACCGUACAAUGUGGGUGAUUGGGUUGGUGUUUAAGAAAACUGAAAAUUCUGAAAAUUUAAGUGUUGAUCUUACCUACGACAUUCAGUCUUUUACAGACACAGUUUAUAGGCAAGCAAUAAACAGCAAGAUGUUUGAGAUGGAUAUGAAGAUUGCUGCAAGGCACGUGAAACGUAAGCAACUUCACCAACUGCUACCUAAUCACGUGCUUCAGAAAAAGAAAAAGCAUUCAACAGAAGGGAUCAGGUUGACAGCUCUGAACGACAGCAGUCUAGACUUGUCUAUGGACAGUGAUAACAGCACGUCUGUGCCUUCGCCUACUAGUGCUAUGAAGACGAGUCCAUUGAACAGUUCUGGAAGUUCUCAGGGAAGCAGUCCUGCGCCAGCUGUAACAGCAGCAUCUGUGACCAACAUACAGGCUUCUGAAGUCACUGUGCCACAAAUAAAUUCCAGUGAAAGCUCAGGGGGUACUUCAAAUGAAAGCAUUCCUCAAACUGCCACACAACCAGCCAUUUCUCCACCACCAAAGCCUACCAUCUCUAGAAUUGUUUCCUCAGCGUAUCUAUUAAAUCCAUCACCAAGAACUUCAGGAAAUGUUGCAACAAAAAUGCCUAGCCCUGUCACAGCAGUGAAAAGGACGUCUUCUCCACAUAAAGAAGAGUCUCCCAAGAAAAUGAAAAUUGAAGAGGUAUUUGAGAUUUUGAGAUCAUACCAUAGCAAUGUCCAAAACUUUGAAUAUUCAUUUCAGCUGCAGAGUGUUGAUUGUCAUAUUCCAGGUUUCAAAUAUUUUAUUAAAUGGGUUGUAUGUUUCCUGCUCUGGUUGUGUUGUUGCUUUAUGUAUUCAGCUUAUUUAGGUGUUAGUGGGUUUUUUAUUACACUGAUGUUCAUCACGUGAUGACACUGCAUUAGC